AUGCAAAACAUACAGCUACUACGUAUUCAAAGACGACUAUUUUCAUCAUCAAUUUCAAAAUAUAAAAUCUUUGGUACUAAAUCCAAACCAAAUGGGUUUGAAUUAAACAAUGCAUCAAAAUUAUUCGAUCAAAGAUACAGAAUUAUAGAUCAUGAAUAUGAUUGUGUAGUAGUAGGAGCAGGUGGAGCUGGGUUAAGAGCAGCGUUUGGAUUAGCUGAAUCAGGUUUUAAAACAGCUUGUAUUUCGAAAUUAUUUCCUACAAGAUCUCAUACCGUUGCUGCUCAAGGUGGAAUAAAUGCAGCUUUGGGAAAUAUGCACAAAGAUGAUUGGCAUUGGCAUAUGUAUGAUACGGUUAAAGGAUCAGAUUGGUUAGGUGAUCAAGAUGCUAUACAUUAUAUGACUAGAGAAGCACCUGCAACGAUUUACGAGUUGGAACAAUAUGGUGUACCUUUUUCGAGAAAUGAAGAAGGUAGAAUUUAUCAAAGAGCAUUUGGUGGACAAUCUAAAGAAUUUGGUAAAGGGGGACAAGCUUAUAGAACAUGUGCAGUAGCUGAUCGAACUGGUCAUGCUCUUUUGCAUUCAUUAUAUGGACAAUCACUUCGUUAUGAUUGUCAUUUCUAUAUAGAAUUUUUUGCAAUGGAUUUAUUAAUGCAAGAUGGUGAAUGUGUUGGAGUAAUAGCAUAUAAUCAAGAAGAUGGAACACUUCAUAGAUUUAGAUCCCACAAGACAAUAAUAGCUACAGGUGGAUACGGUAGAGCUUAUUUUUCAUGUACUUCAGCACAUACAUGUACUGGAGAUGGGUAUGCUAUGGUUUCACGAGCUGGAUUACCGCUUGAAGAUAUGGAAUUUGUUCAAUUCCACCCUUCAGGGAUAUAUGGUAGUGGUUGUUUGAUAACUGAAGGUGCAAGAGGUGAAGGUGGGUUUUUGGUGAAUUCAGAAGGUGAACGAUUUAUGGAAAGAUAUGCCCCCACUGCUAAAGAUUUAGCAUGUAGAGAUGUGGUUUCUAGAGCUAUAACAAUGGAAAUAAAUGAAGGCAGAGGUGUUGGACCUGAAAAAGAUCAUAUGUAUUUGCAACUACAUCAUAUACCUUCGUCUGUAUUAAAGGAAAGAUUGCCUGGUAUUUCAGAAACUGCUCAUAUUUUCGCUGGUGUUGAUGUUACCAAAGAGCCAAUUCCAAUUUUACCUACUGUACAUUACAAUAUGGGUGGAAUACCUACAAAGUGGAAUGGUGAAGUUAUUAAACAAAAUGAGAAGGGAGAAGAUGAAGUCGUACCAGGAUUAUUAGCUUGUGGAGAAGCAGCUUGUGCUUCAGUUCAUGGUGCAAAUAGAUUAGGUGCAAACUCUUUGUUGGAUUUGGUGGUGUUUGGAAGAGCCGUUUCCCAUACUAUCAAAGAUUCUUUAACUCCAAACACACCAUUAAAACCAAUGGAUGCAACUUUGGGAAAAGAAUCAAUAUUAAAUUUACAUAACUUGAGAAAUGCAAAUGGAUCAAAAUCAACAGCUGAAUUAAGAUUAGAAAUGCAAAAAACAAUGCAGAAAGGGUGUGCAGUAUUCAGAACUCAAGAAACUCUAGAUGAAAGUGUCGACCUUAUAACUCAAAUAGACAAAGACUUUAAAAAUAUCAAAACAACAGAUCGUUCAAUGAUUUGGAACUCAGAUCUAGUAGAAACAAUGGAAUUACAAAAUUUAUUAACUUGUGCUACUCAAACUGCUAAUUCAGCAGCUGCAAGAAAAGAAUCAAGAGGUGCUCAUGCUAGAGAGGAUUAUCCUAAUAGAGAUGAUGAAAGUUGGUGGAAACACACAUUAUCUUACCAACAAAAAUUUGGUGAUCCUGUAAAAUUGAAGUAUAGAGAUGUGGUUAAAACUACAUUGAAUGAAAAUGAAUGUCAACCUAUUCCACCAACUGUCAGAGCGUACUAA